AUGGACAACAGCUCCGACAAAGGCUACGACUCUGACCUUGAUGAGAAGUUCUCGGGGAGCGGUGAUGAGAACACGGGCAAUGGGCAGGAAGUGGAAGCCGACGGCGUCUUUUUCUUCGAUGAAGACGUGGACUGGCAGAAGAUUAAGAGGCGAUCCUUCGAUAUUGAGGACGACAAAAUGGAGGCGCCAGUGACACGCUCCGAACGCUUCUCCAACUACGAGGAGCUCGUGCCGAUGGGUCGACACCGACGGUCUGGCAAUGAAAAAGUCCAUCCGCGAGAACUGAAGACCGCCUGGGGCCAGAUGCGAGCCGCUCCGAAGUCGUCGCCGCCGGUGCCUAUUCCUGGCAAGGAAAACUAUCAGCCGUGCUGGGAUGACUCUUUCGAAUUCAACCAGAGAUUCGGAAUGUAUCGUAAUCAGAACCAACGGGACACCUCCAACCAUCAUCAGAAUGUCGACCCGCGGUGCCAGAAGCCAGACGGGCCCCCCUCCUUCCACCCAUCACAC